GACUCAUUGUCACUACACUUAAUGCAGUGCCGGGCGAGCGGGGGAGGUUUCAUAUAUACUAGCAGCAGGCAGCUGAAAGCGGCAACAUUAUCAUAAAUUGCUUUGCUACUUAGUUUCCACAUAGGCAUUGUCCCUCCAUUAAUGUGAGGAGAUGGAUGUUAAGAAGAGUAGCAGCAGCAGCCAUACGGCAGCGGAAGGGAGGAGAAGCAGCGCGAGUGACAGUAGCGGCCGCGGCGGCGCAUCUGCGGCGGGGGUGGAAAGGAAGGAGAUCGAGAGGAAGAGGCGGCAGCACAUGAAGAGCCUCUGCGUCAAGCUCGCCUCCCUCAUCCCCAAAGAACACUACUCCUCCAAGGAUACGAUGACCCAGCAGGAUAGCCUGGACGAAGCGGCUACAUACAUCAAGAAGCUUAAGGAAAGGGUGGACGAGCUGCAUCAGAAGAGGAGCUCUGCACAGCUCUUGGCUGGCAUGAGAGGAGGAGGUGGUGGAGCCUCGACAUCGGCCACGACGACGAGGAGCAGCGGCGUCGGUUCUGAAGAAGCCGACGAGGAGGCCAUGGCGGCGCCGCCAGUGGUGGAGGUUCGGCACCACCACGACGGGUCGAGCCUGGACGUGGUGCUCGUCAGCAGCGUGGCGCGGCCGUUCAAACUGCACGAGGUGGUCACCGUGCUGGAGGAAGAAGGCGCCGAGAUUAUCAACGCCAACUUCUCCGUCGUCGGACGUAAAAUCUUCUACACCAUCCACUCCCGGGCAUUUAGCUCAAGAAUCGGCAUAGAGGUUUCGAGGCUCUCUGAAAGACUAAGAGCAUUGGUAUGAUACUACAAAUAAAGACGAUAUACAUAUACCAAUACUGAACAGGCGGUAUAAUAAUCAAGACAUCGGGUUUCGAUGAAUGUGAUGAUGUUAAGGAAAUCAUGUACUGCAGCUCUAUUUUGGUUACAUACCCUGUUGCCAUUUUCAUUUCCCAAUGCUAACACGAUGUACGACAAAAACUGAAUUUCCGUAGGCUGUUCCUGUUCUUCA